CUCGACAACUUCAGAACUUUCUCACCUGCCCUGUCGAGCGGGUGUGGGAUUCGUGUCUUUUCGAAUACAAACCGUACCUACGGCCAAAUUCUUCUUGUGGAAAUUCUAACCGGGAUGGGCUGAGCGAAUAAUCUAAAUGCAAUCAAGCGCGCAGUUGAACGUGUCUACAUCUAAACUAAACAGCACUUAUCCAGAGGUGAAUCAGAACUGUGCAAUCGAACUUUGAAUGUCGGGUUGAGGCGGUUUGUGUUUUAUCAGCCAAGUUCGUCAAGGACACCUGGUCUGGCGGCGUGGUUUGUUAUAGUGCUAUGAGGAGUAUGAUGGUUUCCGCGUCCUGAUACACGAAAAGGCGUUUUCAAAAUUGUUGGUGAUAAAAUUCGCGUUUCGGAUAUUUUAAGUACCGUGAGAACAAAGUAACAAUGAAGAUCCCGCCGUUAAAUGUGGGGAACAUUAUCACCCCUGAGCCGCAUUACAUUCCCGGUUACACUGGCUACUGUCCACAAUACAUGUAUAGAAUCGGAAAUACAUACUCGACACUAUCCCAUAAGCUACUGAUUGAUCCAACGGUUGCGCACGCUGAGAAGCUCAUUUUGGCUGAUCGAUCUACCGAUGAGUAUCAAGUGAGCCGACCAACAAUCAAGGAGAUAGACCCAACCGGAGUGGUUGUCCCUCGUCACGAAGAUGAGGAUAUGCGAGACACUAUCUAUCGAAAACCGUUGAUGCCCGGCUACGAAGGAUACAUCCCACGAACUCAGGGCAAAUACGGACGGCGCUAUGCCGUCGUGACGAGCGAAGGCUUGAGCGAAUUCGAAAGGGACUGCCUGCGAAACCGGGCCCAGAUGAAGAAGCUGAGACACCGAACAGCGCAGCCCAUUUCGACCAUUUCCGAGUACAGUUUGGGUGACAGGAUGAAGUUCCACAAAAGUGAUUACCAUUUUCCGUUGGAAGCCACGCGGCCAGAAGCAGCAGGUGUUGGCAAAGAAGUGCCGUUUGAAAAUCUCCCACAACUACCUGCAUUACCGUAUUCGAGCCACACGCCGCCACAUUUCAUGGAUAAUACCAACGAAGAGAAACAUUUCAAAUUAGGAUACACCGGUCAUAAACCGUUUUUGUGGCCACGGUUCGGCGAAUCGAACGUGUCGCUGACGAAGAAGUCGCUGUGUGAUUUCACCAACAGUUACCAACAUCGACGGCACACGGAGUGGGUACCGAUUGCCCCGGCCGGAACGGGAACCUGCCAACCGAGCGCAGCCAUGAACGAGAUCUACAUGAAGAAUAUUGGACUGGUGCCGAGCUACAAGGGCCAUGUGCCGGGGGCGAUGUUCAGAUUCGGUACAACAUUUGGCAACGAUAGUAAGAAUGCCAAAAGGUGCUUGAAGAAAUGCUAUGAAGAUUAAAUCGGACGUUUAUAUGUAACUAUAUUUCUUUCGGGUCAUAA